AUGUCUCAGAGACAUCAACCGCUGUCUUCAACAUCUCGCACUCCCUUGAAGUCAAAGACGAACACUGUGGCUCCGCCACACAGUAGCCCAGCACCAUACAAAGCCGUUCCCAUAAAGGCGACUGGGAAGACGGUCCUGAAUAAUGCUUUAGCUCCUCGACCCCUGGCCCCUCUCGUAGAUGCUGCAUCCACCUUAGCUCCUCCCUCCGAGAGUCCACAUCCGAGAAGUGCCCUCAUCGACUCGGGAAUCAGGAGUAUCCUCUCUUCGUCUUUGAAUCAACAGACACCCAAACAUCGAAGAACAAGUCUCAACCCCUCACCCCUACGUGAUCAACUUUCGACUCCAAAGCAAGACAUAUGUACCCAUCCCAAGCCCCAGUCCUCCCAAAAUCCUAGACCUACGCCUUAUCGACGACCCUUACCUAUGUCCAGUACACGACACCUCAAACCUAUCAUUCUCUGUUCUCAACUAUCGCCCGUAAAGUCUCCCAUCUCUCCAUCCACGCGCCGACGUCGCCUGCAACAACGCCACCAAUACUUCUCCCGAGUCCAAGCCUUUCAACACGGCCAACCUCGCACCUUCAUCCACGCACCUGUACUUUGGGAUGACUGGAUCCCCGCGGAAAGCGUUCCAGACUUCCAGGAUAUCGAGAAUCUCGUGGUUCCGGAGUUGAGUGCUUUGGGGAAGUUGUCGGAUGGGGAUGCGAAGUUUUAUUAUCCGAGGGCGUGGAGGGCCAGGAAGUUGAAAUUGAGCGCGAGGGGGACGAAGCCGUAUAGGAGAUGUGUUCGCGUUGCUGGUGUGAGCCCGUUUGCGCUUGUUUCAAAGGGCGUGAGGAUACUCAGGGAGCGUCGGAUGUAUAUGACUGGAGUUCCAUAUCAGACUUGA